AUGGCCGAUCCCCCAGCGCCGUCGACGCUCGCCGGCGUCCCGCCGAACGUACCUGAGGCCUGCGGAAGUAGCAGCGCCAGCAAGCAGCAGGAGCCCGCGGUGCCGUUCGGCGAGGGCCGCUACCAGCUCAUGGCGCUGUGCAACGCCGUGUUCGCGGGCGCAGACUUCCUAUGCCACCUGUUCAGCGUGCGGCUUACGGCGCACGUCGUGGAUCACUGGUGCCGGCCCACGGAGGCGUUCACCAACGUGACCGCGAAAAGCUGGAAGGAACUCGCCGUUCCUAUCCUGGAAGACGGCACCCGCAGCCACUGUACCAGGCUCGAACCUCCUGACGGCGGCCCGUGUUCCCACACGGUGUCCUGCGAUGCGUGGGAAUUCGAUCUGAGCGAAUACGGCGACAACAUCGUGAGCGAGUGGCAGCUCUUGUGUCAGCGACACUGGCUGCUCGAGAUGUCGCUCUACACCAACUUCGUGGCGUCGGUGGUGUGGGUACCAUUGACGGGGGUGGCGGCGGACCGCGUGGGCCGUCGCAUCGUCGUCUACGUCUCCAUCCCAGCGCUGCUGAUCACGGGGUUCACGAGCAGCCUCACUGGGUCAUUGCAGUUCCUCGUGGCGUUACGCGCUGUGGCGUCGGCGACCGUCGUCUCCGUGGCGACCGUCGCGUUCACCGUACUUCACGAGGUGGUGCCGGCCGAUCGCCGCACGCUGUACUGCUUCGCCGCCCUGGCCCUCGCACAGGUGACGCACCAGUUGGCGCGGUCGCCUGGCUACACAGGUUGCUUUGCAGAGGUGACCGGCCAGCAUGUUUUCCGAUACGACAUUCCCAUGCGCACGCUCAGACGUUAA